AUGUCCACGGAGCGUUUGUGUGAGUUCGGGGGGGGGUUGCAGAUGUUAUUUGGCUUUCUGGACCUGGCGCUGGACGGAGCAGAGCAAUGGAGUGAUGUAAGAAGAGGACUAUCCGAGGAGUUCCAGAAUGUGGAGCACGACUUGUGCAUGGCGUCGCCGUCCCAGGGCAGCCCUGACGUCUACAUCCUGCCCCUCAGUCAAGUGUCGCUGCCCGUCGCCAAGCAACCGGCUCGAUCAGGCAGGAUUAACUCAGGACAUGAAGUCAGUCAAGUCCAACUCCCGAAGUCGUCCGAUUUGAGCCGCCACAAUCUGCUCUACCUGAAGGAGAUCGGACAUGGGUGGUUUGGGAAGGUUUUGCUCGGGGAGAUCCACACCGGACUCAAAACCACUCAGGUCGUUAUCAAGGAACUGAAGUCCAGCGCUGGGGUCCAUGACCAAGUGCACUUCCUGGAGGAGGCGCAGGCAUUCCGAACCCUGCAGCACCCGGCCCUGGUGCAGUGUCUGGCCCAGUGCACCGAGAUCACGCCCUACCUGCUCGUCAUGGAGUUCUGCCCCCUGGGCGACGUCAAGGGUUACCUGCGCAGCUGCAGAGGGUCUGAGGUCAUGACGCCUGAGCCGCUCAUGCUGCAGAGAAUGGCCUGUGACAUCGCGUCCGGAGUCAUGCAUCUGCACAAGCACAACUUCUCACACGGCGAUCUGGCUUUGAGGAACUGUCUGCUUACUGCUGACGUCUCGGUGAAGAUCGGAGACUAUGGGCUGUCCCACGCAAAGUACAAGGACGAUUACUAUGUGACUUCAGACCAGAUGUACGUCCCUUUAAGAUGGAUCGCUCCUGAACUCAUCGAUGAAGUGCACGGAAACCUGCUGGUGGCCGACCAGACACUACAGAGCAACAUAUGGUCUCUGGGCGUCACUAUCUGGGAGCUGUUUGAACUGGCCAAUCAGCCGUACAGACACUAUUCAGACCGACAGGUGCUGACGUACACUGUGAGGGAACAACAACUGCGACUGCCCCGCCCCCUUCUCAAAGUACCCCUGGCCGAGCGCUGGUAUGAGGUGAUGCAGUUCUGUUGGCUGCAGCCAGACCAGCGACCCACAGCUGAAGAAGUCCACCUGUUACUCAGUUAUCUCUGUGCGAAAGGAGCAAGCGAAGUCGAGGAGGACUUUGAACGCCGCUGGAACUCCCUUCGCCCCAACAACAGCCAUACCGCGUUUUGCAGCUCCAAUCGCGACCACCAUGCCCCAUCCUCUGCCACUUCCUUCCCUCUGCUCGAAAACGUCUCCGGAGAUGGCUAUCCCUCCGAUUCGGGAGACGAUAUUUUGACCGUUACUGAAACAAGCCACGGUUUAAACUUUGAGUACAAAUGGGAACAAGCCAGGGCGGCUGAAUCUGUAAACCAAGUCGACCAUCGUUGUCAAGACAUGUUUUAUCCACCGGGAGGCAUCGUUGGAAGCUGCCCAUCCGACAACAUGAACCAUGCAGUCACUCCUCCAACAUACUACCAAUCCAAACACCUCCACGCUCCAAGUGUACUUCCUGUCCUGAGUGCUCAUAGUCCGUCGAUUGGUAGCGAAUAUUAUAUAAGAAUCGAAGAGCCAGUUGAAUGCAACAUGGAUCCCGAUUACACCAUGUGCUCUUACAGCCCAGAAUACCAAGCAGCUGGAUCUUGUGAAGGCUUAAGUCCUGCCUCGUCUUACCCUACAAGUUCUCCCAAAGCAAUGGACAGUGGAUAUGAUACAGAAAACAAUGAGAGUCCAGAAUUUGUCCCAAAAGAACCUCACGAAACCCGAGACCAAGCUAUGAAUAACUUGAAUACAAGUCUCGAGGAAGCCGAGGCCAUAGUCAAGGAGUUUGAGAUUGAAGACCCAGAUGAAGAGGAAAAGCUAGAGCAAGAAUUAUCUCUGGAAAUUCCACAAAAAGGUGACGAAACUUUGCAACCUCUGAGUGAGAACACACCAUAUCGAGAUUCUGCGUAUUUUUCGGAUUAUGAAUCAGAGAGACAGUCAAAGGAGUAUGAUUUACAUGCUAGCAGGGACGAGGAAACUGAAACUGAAGAAAGUAAGAUUAAAGAAGAGGAGUUUCUGGAUGCAGAGGAUGAUAAAGUAGAUCAAGACACUGAUGGGAACUCGCUGGAGCUAGAUUCAGUAGAGGGGGCAUUGGAUGAAUGGGCAGCUCGAGAAGAUGACUCAAAUAUCGGGGACUGGGCGGCCGAAGUUGUUGGUGCUAUGGAUGAAGCGAUUGGAGCGCUUAUUGGGGAUCCACCUUCAAAAAUGGAGGACGAUGUUGAUGCUGGGAGCAAAGAUGAAACCAGAGAACAAGUCACGGCAAUGAAAUGUCAAAAUACUUCAGCAGGAGUUGGAGAAACAAUGCACGUUUUGCCCAAAGACGAAGUGGCUUUGCAGAAAAAUGCACACAUUCGACGCAUGUCUUCUUCGUCGUCGUCUUCAUCUUCUCCCUCUACUCCGCCUCCGCCGCUUACCGACACAUACAAUUAUGAAGAAGAGACCGACAGCGAGGAUUCGGAAGAGGAAGAAGUAAGAACCUUUAAUGAACAAAGUGGAGGCGAGGACAGCGAUGAUGAGUUCUACCCUGUUCCUGUUGUAAUCAGCGAUGAUAGCGAAGCCCGAAACCUGAAAAGUCUCCUAAAGAUGCCCACGCUGCUAACAACCGAGAGUCUGCAGGAAGUACUGGACGGAAAAUCGAAAACCGUGUCAUUCUUUGAUGAUGUCACAGUCUAUUUGUUUGAUCAGGAGAGUCCCACCAAAGAACUGUGUGUCCACGAAUGUUCCCUCGCAACCGACGGUCCGUGUCCACGAGUCAAUGCUUCCGAUGACUCUUCUGAUGGGAAUGUUUCAGAGGAGAGUGCAGGAUAUGAAUGGGAUGACGACUUCUCCCUGCUCCCACUGCCAACCUCGAUAAGCACACCGGACUCUCCCCCUCCUCUUCCUCCAAGACCUGUGCCCAGAGCAGAGACCAAACCAGAGACCAAACCAGAGACCAGACCAGAGACCAGACCAGAGACCAGACCUUCUGCCAAACCCACCGUCUCCAGAUUUUCAGUGUCUCCUACCCCCGUCUCGCGCUUCUCCAUCACACAUAUCUCUGACUCCGAUGUGGAUUCUAUUGGAGGCAGCAGUGAAGACGGAGACAAAGAGUGA